AUGAGUGACCGGCAGGUUGAAGAGCUCACGUUGAAGAUCGGUGAGCUUGAGAUCUCGGUGAGACGUCGAAGCAACACCUCUUCCGAGGAGGACGCAACCAGCUCUUCCCUUGCUGGCCCUCGGGCCGCUGCCGCAGUUUCUGUUGCAGCCGAAGAGCGGCGCGAGGCCUCUCCUACAGUCUCCAGUGUUUGGAGCGUUGUUGAAGGGCCGCGAGCCUGGUCCCCGGAGUGGAAAAGGGCUUUGCUAGAGGCCGCUACUGCGUCUGAGAUUUUGGCGGUGGACCUUCAGUGUGUGGAGCACCUCCAACGACACCUUUCAGCUGAGGUCACUGGGUGGACUCCGCUUGCCAGGCUGGGACGAGCGCUGCGUGCCGGUCUAGCGGCUCGAAACAAACUGGACGAGGCGGGCACCUUUGAGCGCUCUCCCGACAUUGGUUUGAGCAACAGGAUCUACGUGGUUUUGAGGGGUGCUCCGGGCUCGGAGCCUUGUAUUUGCCAUAGUGCCCGGGCCUACUAUCAGACGGUCCGGCUGCCUGGGGCCAAUCAACUCCACGCCAGAAGCAGAAGCCUACGUGUUGGGAGCUCGGGCGCUAUGGCCGCCGGAGCGGGAGGAUUAGCCCAGGCCGAUGUGGAGGCCCGUGUAGCAGAAGCACGGGCAAAAGGGCUGAUCCCAGCCCUGCAGUUUUCCAUCAUAGCAGAAGAUGGCACAGUUUGGUGGAUAGCUCAGACUUGUGUUGUCCGGUACAGAGCCGGUGGAUUCAUGCUCUUGGUGCCCGGAGAGUCCGAGGUAGUGGAUGUCUUCGUGGUGGCUGGACCUUUCGCCUCCUACGCUCAUCACCCGACGACAGUUCAGGUGGAGACCGCUCGGAGUCGGGCCUUAAGGUCAGUGGUUGCCGUUUUGGUCGACUGCCCCUGGGCGGCUUUGCAGGUUUUCGAAAAGAUGCCCAAUCCACAUGGCGAGGCCACCGUGGCAAUGGUGAAGUUUACUCACACUGGGGUGACAUGCCGCCUUUCAAGAGAAGGAGGGCUGUUUGCAGCCGCUGCCUCGAUUGCUUGGCAAGUGGUCGAAGAAGCUGCAGACGAGGAUGUCUCCUGCGAGGUGGCUUUUGCAGCGGGCGACGCAGUGGACGUGGGAGAAGGGCUGGGGCGAGUGCAUUUGGCGGAGCAGCUUCAAGCGCACAUUCAGGACCGGGAGUUGCAGCUGGCCUCCUUGGCUCAGCAUCAGACCAGUCCCGCGCCAGCCAAACCAUUGCAGCGGGCUCAGGAGCUGCCGAGGGCUGUUUCCAAAGCUCCGGGAGUUCCUGCGCACACUAUGGAAAGAUUGCCAAGUUUGGCGGGCGCGGGUCCUAUGCGUCUAGGUGGACAAGAGAAGAGAGAUCAGGGCUUGGAGCUCACACUAAGCGGGGCCAAUGUCUUCGAAACCUUUCAGCAAGAGCAGGAGCUGGAAGCGGGGGACGGAGACGAAGUCGCCCAGCUGACUGUGACGCCGACCGCGUUGGAAGCAGGCAAGCCGAGUUCGUCCUGGCUGCUGACAGGGCUGUCGGAGCCCAAUUUCCUUCAAGUGCAAUUGACUCGAGCUCACAGCUAUGUCAAGCCGUUCAGCCGGUUAUGCAAACCGUCCUGGAUUGCAACCAAUGUGGGGCACCUGCGAGACCUGGACUUCUUGGACAGCAAGAUUCAUACCACCGAGGAAGCCCUGGCCGAAGAAGAGAACCAAAGGAAAGGAAAGCGGCGGCGGCCCCGCCGAAGAAGCUGCAGCAAACUGACGGGUGCAGCUGGUGGGAGUGAGAAGUACGGCAUUGCUUCCCGGCCUCACCCUUUGCCGGCCUGUUCUACCUCUGCACGGGGGGCUUCUGGCUCCACUGUGAAUUCCGGUCGGGGGUUGGAGUGCCAUAGAAGCUCUUCCCGCGCCUGUGCCAGAUGCUCCUCCCAGCUGCACCCCGAGCCCCCCAGAAAGCCGGGCGCCCGACAGCAGCAAACUCGCUGCCAGCUUCCCGAUGCCAAAGUUGCGGGAAAGAGGGUGCCCUCAGAAAUUAGGUGCAUUGAAAUGAUACGUGCUGUGCUGCGAAUCGCUGGAGCCUCCUAUACAGGCUUUGGUGAGUUUUGUCGCAGAAGUCUACAGCCUGCCCGUCACCAAGACAGUCCCUGUGUGGGGGCUGAACUAUGGCCUUGUCCUCCUCCUAGAUGGCAUUGGACGGCCGGCCAGAAGCUGUCGCCGAAGAGACGGAGGCGCAGAAGAAUGCUGGAGACCAGAGCUCAGUGUUUGCAACACGUGGUAGUGAGCCUGAACUGGUUGAGCUUGGGUUGCCCUAUCUCUCCUCCUCCUGCAGCUUGCGUUGGUAGCCCCCUCUCUGACGGCCAGCACGACAUGCUCGAGCGUUUGGAAGGCCUGAUUCACCAUUUUUUGAAGGCCCCGGACGUCGACUUCGGCGAGCUUGGCCGUGCGGCAGAAAAGCUGGCUAAUUUGUGCAAAGCGUCCUUCGAUCUGAGUGCAGUUUCCGAACUUGAUCAUCAGGACCUUCAAAGUUUUUUAGAUGUUGUUUCAAUCAAGGUUGACCCCUACGGCCCCAAGCAUGGUAACCCUGCUACUGGAAGUUGUGGACGUAGCUGCAGCUCGGAGCCUAAGGGCGAUACAGUUUCUGGCCCAGAUGCUGAGCCUUGGCAACCUGAGACCUUGCCAACUCGCGUUCCUUUGGCCAACACAGUGUCCAAAGAGGUGUUUGCUGAUCGUAUUAAAUGGAAGUUGGGACCUUCCUUUGACCCCCUACCUUUUUUGUCUGACCCUGUUGUUCACAGUGCCUUUCAAAAACCAGAUGUGCUGCGGACACCUGAGAGCGAUUGGCCACGGAUGGCAAGGGCUCAGGUGCAUUGCAAGCGAUCAGAGCUUUUGCAAUUGGCGCAGAAAUGGGAUGAUUUGGGGGCAUGCCGGUUGGUUACAUGUGACAGUGUGCGGCGGGACGAAGCCGUUGGUAUUUUUGCAGUUAGCAAGGAUCAGCAGUAUGACCGUUUGAUUGUGAACCCCACCGGUAUCAACAGUCGGCAGCUCUCUUAUACCAACUUCACCAAGACCUUGGCUCCCGGGGCCUUGAUUUGUCUGCUACGGCUGGAAGAUCAUGAGAACCUGGUUAUCUCUUCAGAUGAUUUGUGUGAGUUUUACUACACUUUCAAAGUUUCUGAAGAUAGGGCUGCUCGUAAUGCUAUUGGGAUGGUUUUCGACAGUUGUUUGUUGGACCAUGAGCUCAUUGCCUAUCGUCACCCUAUUCCUCGGGGCCCUUUUUAUGAGCUCCUGACUAUAGAUGACCACAUUGGGCUUCAGAAAGUUUCAAACCUAGUUCCACUGGCUGAACAGCCGACCCGGGACAAAGAGGUUUUUGCAAAUUCGGAUAUGGCGUACCAGCAAGUGGGGCUUACUUCUCACCCCGGCAAAAGACAGCGGCAAGUACCUCAAGCCACAGUGUUAGGUGCUGAAGUUGAUGGGAUUGAAGGACGCGUUUCAGCUCCCCGCAGCAGAGUGGCGAUGUUGAUGUUUGUGACCGCCGUCGUGGUUCAAAGGCAACACACAACGCGGCGCAUCCUGCAGAGCAUUAUUGGCACCUGGGUUCAUGUCCUUUUAUUUAGGAGAGCGGGUUUUUCGGUUUUGGAAACAGUUUUCCACGAAGGGGUUGACAGGCACAUGGAUGAGGUUUUCAAGUUAUCUCGGCAAAGCAUCAAUGAGCUGAUCAACCUCAUGAUUCUGGGACCAAUUUUUCAAACUGAUUUACGAGCAAAGAUCUGUCCGGAAGUCUUCAUGAUGGAUGCGUCGCCCAGCGCCGGUGCUAUCUGCCGCCAUCCUCUGGGUCUCACGGCCGUGGAGGAGAUUUGGAGGCAUACGGAGCAGCGUGGUUAUUACACACAACUUCAAACUGGGGCCAAUCUUGUUUUACAUGAGCUAGGGUUGGACCACAUUGAGACGUUUGGCAGCAGCAACCUCGACCUUGCUGGUUUCAGUUCUGGUGCUGUCUUAAACUUAACUGCUGCAGGUGCUGACGAUGCGGGGCCCGCUGGCUUCGAUUGCAUCGAGCUUUUCGCUGGCCAGGCAAACUGGCAAGGUCAAAGAGUGGCAUGCUGCCCCACCAUGUUGGUCGUUUGGGACGCUCCGGAGGCCGCGCCUCAGAAGCAAAACGGCAUAGCGGAGUUUGAGCACCGCUGCCGUCCAGACUGCCAGACGGUGUAUGGCAAGGUGCCUCGUGUUGGCGAGGCUUUGAGCUCCUUUUCAGCAGCUUACCCCUUGCCUUUGUGUAGGCAGAUGGCUAAGGGCAGCCUUGCCGCGCAUCAGCGUUUUGCGUCUGAUGAAACCUUGCGGGGAAAAAAGGUGAGACUUUUGCAACGGCCGUCUCUGGUCACCCAGUCCGCUGAUCGGAGUGUUUUGCGUGCGUGGUUUGAAGACCCCGACUGGGUUGCUGAUUUGUGUGAGACGCUGCAGUACAAGGAGUUGAUUAGGUACCGCUUCAAGAAAGGGGGCCAUAUCAAUGUUUUGGAAUGCAGAGUUUACAAGUCAUGGCUGAAGCAUUGUGCCAAGCGAUGGGGUAACCACAGGUUGCUGGGGCUGUUAGACAGUCGGGUCACUAUGGGUGCAGCUGCAAAGGGGCGCAGCAGCAGCAAGGCUCUUUCACGAGUGUUGCGCAGCUCUCUGGGCUGCGUACUUGGAGGAGGUCUGUAUCCAGGGUGCUUACAUGUCAGGUCAAGCUGGAAUCGAGCAGAUGGACCAAGCCGUGGGCGGGACAUAGACCCUCCGAGUGCAGAUGUUGCUGAAUGGAUUCGACAUUUACAACGUGGUGAUUUUGCUUUAUUUGAACUGAUGCUGCAGACGUCCAAGUGGACUCGACCUGUCGGUCGCUGGAUUAGGCUUUUGCUGUUACUGUCAGGUGAUGUGGAGAGGAAUCCGGGACCUUUUCAGAAAGUGUACCAGCCUUGUGGCGAACUGGACUUGCUUGGCGGGCUCUCGCGCGCCACCACACAGCAGAUGCAGGCAAGCCUUUCUCGGUUUAAUGAGUGGCUUCAGUCAAAUUUAAGCAAGACAGUUGACCAAGCACGGGAAAGCGCCGCGAUGGCCAAUUUGAGUCUAAGGGCUUAUGGGUGCAUGUUCCUCGCAGCUGGACUCCCUCACCACCAGUUGGGUUACAGCAUCACUGCAGCUCAAAGGUUGCGACUCGAAUUCAGGUAUCUGUUUGGAGGAGCUUGGUUUGUGGGCAGGGCUUGGCAGCUGAAGCAGUCGGGACAGUGUCAUACUGUUCUUUCUGCUCCAAUUGUCCGAGCGCUGAUGUACUUGGGGUUGCCCUGGAGCUGGCAGCAGUUCGUUGGAGUGAUGAGCAUAGACCUUGCUGGUAUGUUGCAUCCUAGUGAAUUCAUACAACUGACAUGGCAAGAUGUGGUUCUUCCGGAGGAUGCAUUACUCAAAGGGCAGGUCAUGUACAUCCAUAUGCGCAACCCUAAGACAGAGCGCUUCGCCCGGCGCCAGCCUGCGAAGAUUGACGACUUGUCGGUGAUCCUUCUCGUCAGGUGCAUCCUUAGCAACCUUCGUUUGCAAGCCAAGUUGUUUGAUGCGAGCAUAGUGGUUUUCAGCAGGCAGUGGAACGUUUUUAUGGAUUUUGUGCACCUCCCUCGGCGUCAGACUAGCCGGGAGGCAACUCCUGGAGGCUUACGCGUCUCUGGUGCGGCUCAGCAGUCUCUUGACACUGAAGAUAUACCUAACAUUGCCGGCGAGGGCGGUGGACAAGAACCAAGACCUCAGAAUUUUAUGUUCAGAAGGUGGCGGCUCAACUCUCUGUCAUCUGCUCUCAUCUUAUGCUUGUGGAUUGGUGCUUGUCCCUGA